GUGUAGGAGCUGGGCGAAGCGGUAGCGAAGCUCACGCGGUAAUGCAAGUGCGCGGUGAGCGUAGUAGCCCGAGGAAGCAUGUCUCUACUUCUUUUCCCAAGAUCAGAUCUCGAACCUAUACUCUAUGGAAUCCCAGGCCCCGAGUUUCCUUGCAUGUGGCUCGUCCGUGCUUUCCGCUUUUUGUUAGCAGCUCUUGA